ACCUCAGAAGUUGACUUUCAGUUUUGUUUUCAGUGCAUGUUAAUAUUAACCGGAAAAUGCCUCUGCUCAUUUCGCUUUGUUGUGACUACAUCCACGCAGCAAAGAGUGCCUGGGUCGGCUGUGUCAGCUGGGUCAGCGUGGUCGUGUCUAAAAAGAGUGGAUUUAACCCCAGGAGGAUUCUGUGCCUGGACACCGUGUGAGCUGUAAGGGAAACUCAGAGACGCAGCAGCUGACGCCAUGGCCGGCCUAUCCUCCACAGAGUGCAUGAAUUUCAUUGAGAAUGUCAGUAAGUGUAUCACGGACUCCACGAGUACAGAUGAUCUGCAGAGACUGUUAAAUUAUGAUAGCAUCUGGAAGAUGUUUGUGAAAGAAGCUGAAUUGUCCAGGGAUGAAGCACAGGAGUUGAAUGAUUGUUUGAAGAAUCAUACAGCAAACAGCAAAAUGAUGAAGCAAAAAAGAAUCCCAGUGGAUAUCUUGACUAAGGAGAAGUUUUUGGAAAUAUUUCCUAAGGAGAAAGCAAAAAUUGAGUCAUGUAUACAAAAACUUCAAGAGCUUGCGAAAGAGAUUGAUAAGACACACAAGGGUUGCACCAUCUCCAACGUGGCCACCAGCUCUGUUGGGGCCGUCUCUGGGGUCAUGAGCAUCGCUGGCCUGGUUCUAGCUCCCUUCACAGCAGGGGGCAGUUUGCUGCUCUCAGCAGCUGGAGCAGGUCUGGGAGCAGCAACUACUGUAUCUAGCACUACCAUUAUGAUUGUAGAAGAAACAAACACCCGCUUAGCUGAAGCUAAAGCCAAAAGUAUUCUGUCAAGCAGUGAGCACAGUGUGAGGAAAUUGCUAGGAGAUGAGAUUUUUCUUAAAAUUGGUAUAAAUUUUUAUACAUUCUUCUGUAACUUGAAAACAAUGGCAAGGAACAUCCGUGCUCGCAGGAUAGCCCUAGCCAACCCUGGCUUAGCAAGAGAUGUCAUCCGCUACAUAACCAAGGGGGGACUCUCAGCCCAAAGGGUUUGGCAAGUACAAAAAACAUUUCAAAAGACAGCCUUGUCAAUGAGCAGAGGAGCCCGGGUCGCAGGUACAGUGGUAAAUGGUUUCUUCCUUGGGCUGGAUGUGUACAACAUUGUGCAAGAUUCAAAGCAUUUGCAAGAAGGGGCAAAGGCACCCCUAGCUGAAAAGCUGAGGCAGAAGGUUCUGGAACUGGAGGAGAAGUUGGAGGAACUCACCCAGAUCCACAGGAUUUUGUGUGAAAUGACCCCUCCCCACAAAAAUGCAUAGGUAAGGGUACAUGUUCUGGACAGAGUCAUGGACAGAUGAGAAAUUAUAAUAGGGGGAAAGGGAUGAAAUCAAGACCAUGCAACUAGAUAUUAAGGGACUCGGCACUUUUGUGGGUGACCAUAGUCAGGGAGGGGUUAAUGCAGAUUAGUUUGGUUAAAAGGAGGGCAAGAUGCAAGGAUAGUUCAACCACGAAAAUGAAUAUACAUGGUGUAGUACAUAAAUAAGAGCAAGGAUUAGCAUUGUAUCAUCUCAUUUGAUGCAGAAAAGGCCUUCACAAAAUUCAACCUCAUUUCCUGAUAAAAGGCUGAAGGAUCUAACAAGAGCAGGAUUACACCUCUAGGGUUCAUUUACCACAAAUCCACAAAGCCCAUCAUUCUGAACAGAGAAAAACUGAAAGAACUUAUUCUAAAAUUGGGGACCAGGUGAAGUUGCCCACUUACUCUACUGCUAUUCAGUGUAACUCUUGAAAUUUUAGACAGAGCAAUUAGUCAGGAGAAAGAAAAACAAUGUACAUAAGAAAAGGAUAAGAAGAAAACAAAACACCUAAGUCAAAUUAUCCAUAUUUACAGAUAACACAAAUCUUUAUUGAGAAAUUCUAAAGACCCCACCUAAAGACAUUUAUAAUUGAUAAACAAUUUCAACAAAGUAGCAGAACACACAAUCAACCUGAAAAAGUCAAACACAUAUCUAAACAUCAGUAAUGAGCUAGCUGACAAACAAAUUAAGAAAACAACUGCAUUUACAAGCACUCUCAAAAAAGGUAAAAACAGAAAUGAAAUCUAGUGUCUAGGAAUCAGCCUAAUCCAGAUGAAAGACUUCUACAAUGAAAGUUAGAAAAUACUGGGAAAAAAAAAAAACCAGAAGGUGACAUUAGAAAUUAGAAUGCCUUCCCCCAUGUUCCUUGGAAUCAAAUCCAUUCCUCAGUUCUUUACCAGCCCUGGAAACCAAAUUGUGCUGCUGUGGUCACAGCGCAGAAGACAGAAUGGUGGGAAGACUGGAAGCCAGGAGCUUCCAGCAGGCCUGGGAGCUGUGGCAUGACAAGGUUAGCGGACUCCUGUGGGCAAACUCUCCUUUGUUUGAUAAUGUGCAGGCCUGGGUUCAGAGAUGUAGUGGGGGCCACUUCCCCUGGACAUGAGGAGAUUACUUCUAGAGAUGCAGGCCAGGUGCUUGGGCAGUAACCUCAGGAGCCCAGAUCGCAGGUGAAAUCACCACAAGUGUCCUCUUUUGAUGGAUGUGUGCUACCUUGGGCUAAACUUGGCUUCUCCUAUGAGAACACAAAAUGUAAAUAAAGAGUAAAAUAAAACUUAAAACAUAAGAAAUAGGCAGAUAGAUGUUUUGCAAGUGGAAAGGGAACCAAAUGGGAGAGGAUGGAAGAAAGGAAAGAGAUUUUAAAGAAAAAAAUUAAGAUGUGUUAUGGAUCCUUCCUGGUAAGCAGCAGCGGUGUGAGCCAGCAAGCAGAGGGGCACCAGGGAGAGAACAAGUCAGUGUCUCCCAUGAGCCUAUGGGGAAUCAAAGGGGUCCCCUCAGUCCCAUUAGCAACUGGACGGUGUCCAGGUCAGCUGGAGUUGAUAGCAACUGAAGCAUAUAAAGCAACUAAAUACCUGUAUUGUUGGGUUGAUCAUGCUGAUGUGGGGCCAGAGGUCUGAGCUUCUCUUUUAGAGGAUGACCCUAUCUAUACAAUAUAGGAAAUAUGAGAGAUUUGCUUCUGUCUUAUCUUUGAAGGCAAAUGUUUUUACUGUUUAGCCUUUUCCUGAUUAAUUAUUUCACUCUAUUCAAUAUUCUGUUUUGAAUGAUUUUAUAAAGUUCUAUUUUUGGUUUAAUUUUGCUAUAUGUGGGAUGCACAACUAUUAUGAAGAUAACCAGAUAUACUAGGGUAUCUACCACUGUUAUCCUGGUAUCCUGCUCUGAAGUUCUGUACCAGUUUCACUGCAUUGUCUUGAUUAGCUUUGUUCUGUCAUGUUUUGUUGUAUUUUACUAUCUUCAAAAAACGCUAUGUACAUAUAUUAACUCUCUACAAAGAGUAUAACCCUUAGGUACCGCAAACAUACACUGAACUAAUAAAAAGGCAGACUGACAAA